CCGGGAGUAAUGGCACGAGUUCUGCUUUAUACUGUUUAGACAAGCCCCACAGUGCGCGCGUUGGAAACUAAUAUUCGACUGUGUCUGCCUCCACGUCUGCCACGAAUUAAGCCCGCGGGCGCCGAGAGGCGAAGGCGGACGACGGUGGAACAAACUGUAAACUUAGUCAGAAGCAAGCCGAAGUCCUCAAACUCACAGGCUGAAGAGGCUUCGCGCAAACGACCCAUCUGUUGUGGCCGUUUCAAGGAAGGAUACGCCGCUGGACAUGUGAAUUCAAAGGGGAUAAUUGCCAAGCACAACAAUGAAACCAACGACCGUCUUAUGUGGCUUCGGCUUUCUCCUGACUUGCCUCAUGUUCGGGUCGAGCUCUUCUCAACCAGUGUGCACUGGUACAAGGAACAAGCUGAGCACACUGUCGGACCUGGAGCAGCAGUACCGCACCCUGAGGAAAUAUUAUGAGAACUGUGAAGUUGUAAUGGGCAACCUUGAGAUCACGAGCAUCGACCGCAGUCGGGACCUCACCUUCCUCAGAUCUAUCCGAGAAGUGACGGGCUAUGUGUUGGUGGCCCUCAACCAGUUUGACUACCUGCCUUUAGAGAACCUGAGGAUCAUCCGAGGAACCAAGCUGUACGAGGACCGCUACUCCCUCGCGAUCUUCCUCAACUACAGGCGUGAUGGAAACUUCGGCCUGCGCCAGUUGGGUCUGAAAAACCUCACAGAGAUCCUAAGCGGAGGUGUUUAUGUCGACCAGAACAAGUUUCUGUGUCAUGCAGACACAAUCCACUGGCAAGACAUUGUCAAAAACCCGCGGACGCACCCUGUGGUGGUGCCCACCAACAGCAGUGUUUCAUGUCAAAAGUGCCAUCGUUCCUGUAAUGGUCGUUGCUGGGGACCGAAGGAGGACCAGUGUCAAAGCUUGACAAAGACAGUGUGUGCGGAGCAGUGCGAUGGCCGUUGCUUCGGUCCCUAUGUUAGUGACUGCUGCCAUCGUGAGUGUGCGGGCGGCUGCUAUGGACAAAAGGACACAGACUGCUUUGCCUGCACUAACUUCAAUGACAGUGGGGCGUGUGUGACCCAGUGCCCUCAGCCAUUCGUCUACAACCCCACCACCUUCCAACUGGAACACAACCCCAGGGCAAAGUACACCUACGGAGCCUUCUGCGUCAAGAAGUGUCCCCAUAACUACGUGGUGGACCAUAGCUCCUGCGUCAGAGCGUGUCCCAGCAACAAGAUGGAGGUCGAGGAGAAUCGCACUAAGAUAUGCAUUCCUUGUACCGACAUCUGCCCAAAAGCAUGCGACGGCAUCGGCACAGCCAGCCUGCAGACCGCUCAGACAGUGGACUCCAGCAACAUCGACAAGUUUGUCAACUGCACCAAAAUCAAUGGCAACCUGGUGUUCCUUAUUACUGGAAUCAAAGGGGAUGUUUAUCACAAUAUCGAAGCGUUGGACCCAGAAAAGCUCAGCGUAUUCCGCACCGUCAGGGAGAUCACAGGCUAUCUGAACAUUCAAUGUUGGCCUGACAACAUGACAGACUUGAGUGUUUUCUCCAACCUGGCAACUAUCGGGGGAAGAGCGCUGUACAGUGGGAUCUCCCUGCUGGUGUUGAAGCAGCAGGUCCUCUCAUCGCUGCAGCUUCAGUCUCUGAGGGAGAUCAGUGCCGGCAAUGUCCACAUUGCAGAGAACAGCCAGCUUUGCUACUACAGCACGGUGAACUGGACGCGACUGUUCCGCGCCGCAAACCAGAAGGUUCUGGUGCGCAACAACCGGAGCCCGCAGGAGUGCUCCAGGGAGCACAUGUCGUGUGACAGGCUGUGUUCAGACGCAGGAUGUUGGGGUCCCGGCCCAGACCAGUGCAUCUCCUGCAGAUACUUCAGCCGUGGACGAACCUGUGUGGAAACUUGCAACCUUUCUGAAGGGGAUAUCCGCGAGUAUGCCAACGGGUCCGUGUGUGUGGAGUGCGAUGCCCAGUGUGAGCGAGCCGACGAGGACUCUUUGACCUGCCUCGGCUCGGGCCCAGAGCACUGUGUGAAAUGCCUUCACUUCAAGGACGGUCCGAAUUGUGUGGAAAAGUGUCCGGAUGGCCUGCAAGGGGCCAACAGCUUCAUCUUCAAGUAUGCCGAAGCCAACAACGAAUGCCAUCCCUGCCACAUCAACUGCACACAGGGGUGCAUUGGACCAAGACUGCAAGACUGUAUUGGCUGGAUGGACAGAACCCCUCUGAUCGCAGCGGGGGUGAUCGGCGGCCUCUUCAUGGUAGUGAUCGUGGUGCUGAGCGUAGCGGUGUCUGUGCGCCGGAAGAACAUAAAGAAGAAGAGAGCCCUUCGUCGCUUCCUAGAAACAGAGCUGGUGGAACCUUUAACACCGAGUGGAACAGCUCCCAACCAAGCCCAGCUUCGAAUCCUGAAAGAGACGGAACUCAAAAAGGUGAAGAUCCUCGGCUCCGGGGCCUUUGGGACUGUAUACAAGGGUAUUUGGGUCCCUGAGGGUGAAACGGUGAAGAUUCCCGUAGCCAUCAAAAUCCUGAAUGAGGCCACCGGACCCAAGGCUAACGUGGAGUUCAUGGAUGAGGCCCUGAUCAUGGCUAGCAUGGAGCACCCCCACCUGGUCCGCCUGCUGGGCGUCUGCAUGAGUCCCACCAUCCAGCUGGUCACGCAACUGAUGCCUCACGGGUGCCUGCUCGACUAUGUCCACGAGCACAAGGACAACAUUGGAUCCCAGCUGUUGCUCAAUUGGUGUGUCCAGAUUGCCAAGGGGAUGAUGUACCUGGAGGAGCGUAGGCUGGUCCACAGGGAUCUAGCGGCCCGCAACGUCCUGGUCAAAUCCCCCAACCACAUCAAGAUCACAGACUUUGGCCUGGCUCGUCUGCUGGACGUCAAUGAGAAGGAAUACAAUGCCGACGGCGGAAAGAUGCCCAUCAAGUGGAUGGCCUUGGAGUGUAUCCAUUACAGGAAGUUCACUCAUCAGAGUGAUGUCUGGAGUUACGGGGUGACCAUCUGGGAGCUGAUGACCUUUGGAGGGAAGCCAUAUGAUGGGAUUUCCAUCAGAGACAUCCCAGACCUGCUGGAGAAGGGAGAACGUCUUCCGCAGCCGCCCAUCAGCACCAUCGAUGUCUACAUGGUCAUGGUCAAAUGCUGGAUGAUUGAUGCAGACAGCCGACCGAAGUUCAAGGAGCUGGCGGCAGAGUUCACUCGAAUGGCACGUGAUCCCCAGAGAUACCUUGUCAUCCAGGGCGACGAUCGCAUGAAGCUGCCCAGUCCCAAUGACAGCAAGUUCUUCCAGAGCCUCCUGGAUGAGGAGGAGCUGGAGGACCUGAUGGACGCUGAGGAGUACCUGGUGCCCCACAACUUCAACAUUCCACCACUGGCAUACACUCCCCGCCCGCGCAUGGACUCCAACAAGAACCAGUUCAGCUACCAGGACCCCAGUUACAGCAUGGAGGACAUGCUUGCCACCCUCCCCAGAGUGAUCUCUGUUCCACCCGUGUCUGGGAGCUGCCUCCCUCCACAGGACAUGGCCUCAGUGGGACAGAUUAGCGGUGGAUUUGUCCGUGGCCACCAGGACGACCCUCGCUGCAAUGGCACCCUGAGGAAGCAGGCCUCCCCACGGUCGAGCACCCUUGGGGCAUGCUCAACUCUCAUUGGAGGACAAGGUGGAGGGGAGGACAGCAGUGGACAGCGAUACAGUGCCGAUCCAACUGGUCUUUUAUCAGAACGAGGAACAAAAGGAGACAAGGACCAGGACGGUUACAUGACUGCCAUGAGAGACAAGAACAGCUCAGACUAUCUCAACCCUGUGGAGGAAAACCCCUUCGUCACACGUCGGAGGAAUGGUGACGCCCACGCAGUGGUUGACGGAGCAGGUUGCCACACCCUGCACUUGGCUGGAGCUGCUGCUGCUGCCCACAAGAGCCAGUCCACACACGGCGAUGAGUAUGUCAACGAGCCACUGUACCUGAACACCCUCCUCAACCCCGGGGACAAGAACGCAUCGGCUGGCGCAGUCUCCAUCUCUGGCCCCGGGUCCUCCGCUGCCCAGUCAGUAUCGCAGACAGUCAACCCAUCAACAUCAAGCCACACCGUCUCACCCGUUGGAUACGGGAUACCUGCUGGCCACCUCCCGCACCCAUCAUAUCCAUCACACACCCUGCAUCCGGGGCAUUCAGGACACGCUCUGCACUCAGGCAUCACCAGCAGCACCAUCAUGAAAGGCAAGAAGGCCACUUUUGACAAUCCAGAGUACUGGCAGCACAGUCUCCCCCCAAAGUCCACACUACACAACCCUGAGUACCUGCAGGACUGCAGCACGCGCUUCUUCUACCGGCAGAACGGACGCAUUCGCCCUGCUGUUGCCGAAAACCAGGAAUAUUUGUCCGAGGCUGCAAUGAAAGCCGGCAAUGUGUUGCCGCCCCCUCCAUACAGACAGAGGAACACUGUGGUGUAGUGACCCACCUGUCGUACAAUGGAUGGAUGGAGGGAUAAGGGUUGAGAUAAACGGACUGUGAAUAGUCCUUUUGUUUCCCUACAGUACAUGUCAACCUGGGCUCUCCUUGCACCCGCCCUGAACAGUUCUCUCUGAUAUAUCUGAUUGCAAGUCUUUUAUUCUCACUCCACAAUAACAGUCAUUGACGGCCUCACUUGACUCUCACUACAUUUUUUUCAGCUCCAUCCUUGGCCACUAGAGCAAGUAGACACAUCUCUUUGAGGUGGGUUCUGUUCUGGAGCAAACUGUCUUGGCAAUUUUAGUAAUCGCGAGGCACAGAAACAACACAAUCAAAGAUUGAAAGAUGCGAGAAACACACAGAGGUAAGCCCAAAGAGAGGAUUAUUGCCAUGACCAUACACGGAUUAUGAUCACUUUUCUUUAUACACCAAUAAAUUACUAUUCACCAUUUCACCAUGUUCUUUUACCUCAUUUUCCACAUGGCUAGAGAUACAUAUUGCAGUAUGCACACAUUGCUAUUGCUUGUGUGCCAUCUGUCAAAUGACACAUGCGCACGGACUCAUGUCGUGACCUACCAGCAAACCUUCAGUCAUACUUAAGAGCCCAGAUGUGGCUUGCAUGCCUGCCCAGAUGCUACUUUGACUUGUUUUACUGCACCAGUAAUGGAAUUCAAACAUUUAUCAUGCGCAAGUCAUAUCCAACCUAGAACAUGUUAACAUGCCUGCAGCUUUGACACACAAGUAAUACCUACACAUUAAUUCAUAAGUGAAUACAUGCACAGAGACAGACAAAGCCUGUUGCCACUCAAAAUAUCCGUCUUCUGGAGGAGAGACUCAGAUGACCCCUCGCAGGACGACAGUGUCGGUAAUGGCAGUCAGUGCUGCAGUGCAGAAAGAGGUUCAACAGGAAAGUAAAUGUCAUCACAUUCUUAUGGAAAGCUUUGAUAUCACAUGGUAUAGAUUACUGCCAUGGCUAGGGAGGGAUCUAAAAGGUUGAUCGCUUCAGAAGAUGACCCAUAACUUCCGACGCUGAGAUCCCUCACGUUCUACUUUCAUCCACAACAAUCCAGUCCCAAGAGCCAGCAAACCAUUCAAUAGUUCAAUAUUGACUUCAAUAAGAUCAUUGUAGGCAACAUCGUGACUGACACAACCAAUAGGAACUGCUGCACUAGGACUUGUGUUUCAAUGGAACUGAUGCCUGGGGAUGGACAACUCUUUUUAACAGGAGAAGUGUGAUUGUUGAGAACAUUCAAACAGCCCCCCAUGGAAAGUAAGAAGAGUGUUAAGCAUGUUUUGUUUUUCUUUCUUCUUAGGCAUCAGGGAUCUGUUUACUUUGUCACGUUGUCUUACAGAGGAUGUGAUUGAUGAAGUGCGGGGUAAACAGCACAGACACCCACCAGAGCACAGUGGAGAUGGCAAAGAGGCUACAAACUGCAGAGCUGUAAAUAUGCCAAUUACAGUUCAUUCAGACACAAUCCACAGUCUGUGGACCGAGCGGCAUCCGGAAAUGUUUAAGUACAUCAAAAGAUGAGGAUAUAUAUAUAUAUAUAUAUAUAUAUAUAUUUAUUUAUUUUUCACCUCUGUGUUCAUUUUAAGUCAGGGAAACAGAAAGUUGUCUUUGGCCACAGAGUCAAGACGUCAGGACCUCGCUCUGUCGCCUAAGGUGGAGGUGGCAUACGAGGAGAGACUGUCAAAGCUGUCUAAAGAGGAUUCCUCCACAUUUUUACUCUGGAGCACUAUGAGAAAAUGGGACACUUUGUUUGCACUGGUAUUUGACAUUUACUGGUUAUUGACAUUUAAUGGUUAGACAUUACAUCACUGGUGGCUAACGUUCUCUACUCAUACAAUACUGCCAGACGACACUGACGCAGUAAGCUCUGAUGGAGACCACAAGCAUCUGUCAUCAAAUGACUUUGGAUCUAAUUUAGGCCGAGGUUGAUCAUUUAAUAGCACUUAAUGCUCUGGCUCAGCCAAAUGACUUUGCAGUUAUCCCUGCUCCUUGUGGCAGUUCAUUAAAAAUUUUGUUCACAAUGUUGCAACUAUAAUUUGCAGUGAGACCAUAGUUUCCACUGCAUUGGGGUCCUUCUCAUGUCAUCUCUUUCAUUUGGCAUUUUACCAACCAAAGGUCAUAGCCAUACCCUCUGAUCAAUAUCACAAUACUAAUAGAGCUGGGCUAUAUGAUGAUGUACACUGUAAGAGGCUAGAAAGUCAGGUUUUCUAUACCAUUUAUGGCAAGUUAGAUAUCUACUUAAAAAAAAUCUGUAGUUUACGGACGCUAUUUAUUUAGUAUUGCAUUUCAUAGAAAUCCGCAAUCACUGGAUGCUACAUUUCCCAAAAUGCAACGUGAUGUCAUCUACUGAUUCGCCCCGUUUUCCUAAGUGUCCACGUCUUUAAAACCCCUCACCUCUAGUGUAUAAUACAGAUAAAGUGACGUUGCAACAUGAAUCCAAAAAUACCUUGAUAGAUGAUUUAGUAAUUGGCGACAAGGGCAUGAAACUCGGAGACCAACUGAUGCCUAUUUAAGUGCUGACAUACAAAUACUCAACCACUGUUGUACAUGACCUAGUGCGUCUACAUUGAAAAUACCGAGUAGAGGACAGAUUCAGACCAGCAGUGCUGAUGACUUCCAUACCAAAACACAGAUGUUGCCCUGGCACGGUGUUCUCAAUCCCUCUCAGGUUUUUAUGGGGAAUAAUAAUCAUCCAGCUGAGCUCCAGCUGAGGCAUAAGUUGCCACAUGAUAAAGGGAUGUCAGACCAAUUGAAACUAAAGUAUAACGGAAGACAGAUUAGUGCCAUAAUACCACAGUAGAUGCAGUAAUGAAAUUUGCAACUCAAAAAAAACAAACGUUGAAUUUUAUAGGUGGGUUUAAAUGGCCAUCCGUCACGCCAGCAUUGUGUUAAGUAUCAUUUAGACAUUGACAUUGCUCUCUUCCUAACCUCAUUUAGCUGUGCUAGAUCACACUUUCAGAGAGGUUGACUGUUCUGCUGAGUUAAGAUUUUCUUGUUUAGGCUUACACUUACUGUAUGCACGCAUUCUUUGUGUUACUGCGUGCGAUGAAUGUGUCCUCCUCUGUUUUUAGGAGUGGAGAGACAGCUAUGUAAGUCUAUUUUUACCAUCUCCCACAAAGUAUUAGUUGUAGUGCUUGCAGACUACUGUAUGGCCAUGUGUUUAAGUGCAAUGACAGCAGUGGAGAGUCACCAAAAGGGUCUGUAAUGGAUCUCAGUGGAAAAAUAAAGCCAAUCUUCUGGAGGAGAAAACCUGCUGGCGCUGUCAGCCAGCGGGCAUCACAAGGGGCUUUUAGCUUUCUGAAUGCUAAUUCAUCCACUUUUCACUUGUUCUGUGGGGAAAUCAUGUUACCCAACAUCUCGCCGAGUGCACCGGCUGAGAAAACCCUGAAAGACAGGCAAUAGGCUGUAAUACUGCAGCAAGUUUAAAACUAAGGCAUUAGCAUUCCAGAAAUGUUACAAGAGCAAUACAUCAAUGUUACAAAAGCUAGCAGGGGAGAAGGUGCAGGUACACUGUAACUGGCAGAGGAGACCGGAGCCGACUGCCAUUCUUUCCUUGUCCUCAGACGUGACUGUGGGAUUGUAUGUAGCAAACACUGUUCUGCAGCUGACGCACUGAAAACCGAAAGAGCAGCUAUGUUUGGACUGGAUAUGGGCAAAAACCAGAACAAUCUGGAAGGGCAAAAUGAUGGUGGUCAAAUGUCAACGUAAGUCAUAAUAACAUGUGAAAAGAUAUGUUACUGCGUAAAAGCCUCAGUACAGUAGAUAUUGAAAACCUCUCAUUACUGACUGCUCAACCAAGAAAUAGGCCUCGUAGUACAAGUCCCGUUAAUGUUUUUGCAUCUCCCUUUUUGUAGUGUGUUUUAAACAUAUGUAAUCAUGUGUAUUGUACAUGGUGUGUAACGUUUCCUUUUUUACAUUUGUCUUUUUUCUUUAGGGUCUUCUUUUGAUAUGCAGUUUGAAGGUUUCACCUUUACGACUGUCAUGUCUCUAAUCAACUUCAUACAAUUACUAGGGGUGUCCAAAUUUAAGAGGUGAAUCUUUGCCCUUCGUAUGAACUGAAGUCCUGAUGUGUUCUAACUUAACAGUACAAAUUGAACAUUUCCCAGUUUAUGUGAUGACAUCUGGCAAUUCAAAUAUUAUACAAAUAACAUCAACUUCUAACCCGCUGUGAUUACCACGGUCAGUCUACAGGAACAGUGAAGUUCAUACAGUAGCUGUGUUCCCCCGUUUUACACCUUGCAAGGACUUUUCCAUUGGUUAGUUAAUGUGAUAGGAUUAUCAUUGAUAGACCAUUAGAAAAGAAAACAUCUGGUCCAUAUGGCAUGGUCAGCACAAUUUUAUGAGUUGACAAGGAUCACUCGACCACACAGGUUUAACACUGACUGGUGUACAUUUGGUCGUGGGAUUUCAGUAUCCCAUGACUGCAAGUGACAAACCAGUUGUGUUCUCUAAAACAAAGGGAGACUAUUCAGUCACAGUCUGUGAGAAACUCUGAAAUUGGACAGGCCUCGCCUGGAACAUUAAGACAUGUCCCGACAGAACUGAGGACUUACUGUAGGAGGGUCCAGCCCCUAGACUGGAACAGAGUGAUUGUAUUUAUAGUCUUUGCUCUAUAUCUCUUUUUUUCCAUGAUUUCAUUAUUCAGAUCAUGUGGACAUGUUUUCACGGCAUAAUCAAAUUCCAUCCAUCUGUGGUCUUACUGUAACAUGGCUUACAUAUAUGAGACCUUCUACCCACCAGUAAAGUGUUUGGUACGAUGCAUUAUCAAACCAAUCAUACAUAAAGCAGCUGACAAACACAUAUUCUGCCAUUGUGAUGGGAUCAAACUGUGUAUGACUGGCAUAUUCUGAUUUUACUAUUACUAAUGUGUAUAUUCUGCUAUGCCAUGAAGGGAAACAUGACAGAGGUUGAGUAAGCACAGAUCACUAUGUAUUGAAAUUAUGUCAAAACUGUAAAUUGGAAAUGAUAAUUGUCUUUCAACCAAAUGACAACGACAUUCAGAUAAUGGGUUGCUCAACAGUUUUACCAUUGUUUAGAAAAAAAUGAAAAAAUACAAUGAAAAGUGGAUACUAUUUUUAUAGGUAGGUUUAAAAAAAAGUGACCAGUGUUUCUGUAAAUAGAACAAUGAUGCUUCUUUUUUCCAGCUGAAGGUAUUUUUUGUUUGUUAUUAUUUCUCUUUGCAUCUUUGCAUUUUUAGUGUCUAUUCUAUCUUAAUUUUUUUUCUCUUGGAAAUAUCUUUCCUGUGUGUACAGUAUAUAAAUAUAUAUACAGUAUAUAUAUAUAUACAUAUAUAUAUUCUGUAAAUGUAAUUUGAAGAGUGAACUCUGACUUUAAAGACGCCUGCAGGGUCUCUUGUCACCCCCACACUAUCAUUUCCCCUGUGAUCGUGUGAUUGUGUUUUCAGCACAAAUUGGUGGAUUUUGUGAUUCAAUCUCUGCUGUUGCUCACUUUUAUAGGCGUGAAUUACUUUUUUUUUCUUUUACUGGGUAUAAAAUGCCCACACUACCCUCCAUGCUUCUCUCAGUAUUAUUCACCUCUUGUGAUUUUCUUUUUUAAGAUUUUGUACACUCUUAAGAUGCUAUUGCAAAACUAAUGAAUAUUCAAUAUUUAAUCCUCCUUUUCUCUCAGUCAUUUCCUUUAAAAAAAAAAAUGUAUUAAGCCACCAGUGUCACUCUGAGUUCCGAGGACCUAUGUUUUAUUUUUUUGAGUAGUUUAAUGUCCUAUUUCCACUGAGCACAGUCGAUGUUUUACUUUCAGAUGAUACUCAGCUCUUCAUCUAUUUAUGGCAAUACAGAUUGAAUGGUCUGAAAAUAUGAUGUUGCAGGGCUGAGUGAUUUAUACAUUUGAGAAACUGACAGGUUGUAUGGGCUGAAAUCAAUGAUAAAUGAUUGUACAGAGAGGUUGGUUGCUACUUCUUUGACUUCAUCAGGAUUUUAAUGUUCACUCUUUUCUAGAAGUAACAGUUUUACAGGAAGCUAAUGUUGUCAAUUAUUGGCAUCUUGACUGGAUGUUUGGGAAGUUUGGCCCAUUUGUCACUUUGCCUAAUACAUGACAUAAGGACUGGCACCAAAAUCAUCGAGGUGAGUUAUUUGCAUUCUGGCACUGAAGCAAAUAUGGAUGCACAAUUUGAUUGGAGUAAACUGUCGGUUGUUCUACAUAUUACAAUUGCGAGGCACUCAAGCACAACUUGUGUUCUUUAUACAGGAAUUGAUUCAGAUGAAUAAAGGUUUUGUGAAUUCUGCAUUUUCAUUUUCAGUAUUUAGGAUUUUGAACAGUAUCAACUUUGGAUUACUUAAAUGUUGUCAUCAUUUUUUUAAUAUAUUGCCUAUCACCUUCAGAAUACUACAUCCUGUUUACACUCACCAUUAUAAAAGCGUGGCAUUGCAUUUGAUGGUGUCGGUGGCAAUCGUGUUGUUUUAAAAUAUCCAGGAUUUACAUAUACAGCGUAAAGAGGUAAUGUUUAACAAGCUCGUCAAAAGUCAUUGAACCUGUUGAAAAGUACAUUGACGUUUGGAAGAAGGUAUGUUCUGUCAUUUAAAAAAAAGAAGUCAUAAUUGUUUCAUCAGAAUGAUUGAGAAAUACGUUUUAUAGACAAUACCUUGUCACAUAUUACCAGUUUUAAAAGUUUCUUUUCACUGGUUAAUUGACACAGUUCCCAAACGAGAACAAUUAAAUAAUCCCUCUCUUUUGUUACAUGAAUCUGUCAAAACUAUAUUUUUAAUUCAAUAUGAAUAAAGAUCAGUCAAUAUUUAAA